GGGGGGGGGGGUUUAGAGACAGAGGGAGAGGUUGGAGUGGGAUUGAAGUUGUGAAGUUAAUCCUGGGGUGGUGCUGUACAUCGUUGCAAAUUCAUGAAUAUUGACACAGCACCACUUGCAUUGCGCUCAGCGUUUGGGCAAUGUCAUGGGAAGGAGGUGUGUCUUGCGGGUGCACCUUAGAAAUCUUCUUCCUGUGUCGCGACUGGCGUGCCAAAUUGGCGAGGGCAGGAAGGGUAGACUAGAGAACCAGUGCAAUAGAACUGGAAGUGAAGUCGGUGGUCGCGUGGAUUGACCUCCAAAACUGUUCUGCGCUCCGUUUGCUUGCCCCGUAGUCGACGUGGGGUCACCAUCCUGGACAUAGAUUGAGAAAUGUUGCUACAAGCCUGUCCAUUGCAAACUACCGUCUCCUUGUACGGUCUAACAUUUUACCAGGUUAAGUGUUGCUUUGGGUCCGCUUCAUGUGCGGGAGGAUUGGGUGAAGGAAUUUUUAUAGAAGACUUUGCUGCAACGAAGCAUUGGUUUUGGCAAUAGCUAGGUCAGGACUUGGGACAUGCAGGAAAGGACAUCAGGGUUCCGGUUGCAUUGGACGAUGCAUUGCGAACUCAACCACGUAGCGUGCUUCCGAGCAUAAUUUUAGUUUCGCAACAGGAAUAGCAAAGUGGGUUGACAGCGGAGUGGCAAGAGAUCGCCGAUUUUAACCGUGAGGAAGUAUUAGUUGGCUUCGCUAUGGGAGGAAAUUUGACCGUCUGAGACAGAAUAUUACAGCAAUGCCGCGAAUUUGAUCUUAAGUGUUGCCGUCACUAGAAAGGCGACAUGGUUCCGUGGGGGCAGAAUCCUAAUAGCACUGAAUCUCGUGAUCUGACCCAUGUGCUGCUGAGUCCUAGGAUGGGAGAUGAUGCGAAAUCUCCCCUAAACCGCAAAAUGCCGAACUUAAAGAACUGUGGAGACUUGAAGGCAUGCCCCGUCAUUAACUUGUUCAGAGGGGACGCUUGUUUGGCUGAGGACGCAGGUGACACAGGAAAUGGCGGAUUUCACAAACCUGCCAGUUGCAAAACUCUUAGGGUGGAGCAGUCGCGGAUCUUCAGCGACCUUUACAACUCUUUCUUACAUUUAGCAGAACUUUUAGCAGGGCUUGCUCGGCAACUUAGUACGCAGAAGAAGAAAGGAUCUAAACACUCCGCUUUCUACAUCUUCGCUGGCCUUGCCUUCAUGUUCCUUCUCAUCAAGGUCUCCUCAUUCGGAUGGUUUGCUGCUCAAACGCUCUCCAGUUCCUCUAAGGUACCAGAUGACACGAAAGUGAUGCUCCAAGCUGUUAAAGUCGAGUCCAAUGAAGCUAAGUACGGGCAUGAAUCACAAAUACUCGUAGAUACUUCGGCUGUGUCAAUACCGUCACAGGAACAUACUGCAGUGAGUAAAGAUGUGGGAGGUGUUUUGGAUAGUAACCUGUGGGCCAAGCCCAACAGCGAUUCUUAUCACCAAUGCAUAGACCGUCCUAAGGGCUACAAGCACCCAGGUAACAAUACCAACGGAUAUCUGUUAGUCAAUGCUAAUGGCGGUCUCAACCAAAUGCGAGGAGGAAUUUGUGACAUGGUAGCGAUUGCCCGGCUGAUGGAUGCGACACUAGUUGUACCUGUUCUCGACCACAGCUCCUUUUGGGCAGAUCCGAGUGAGUUCAAGGACAUUUUUGAUGUCAAGCAUUUCAUUGAGUCUCUCCAAGAAGACGUCCACAUUGUGGAGGCCCUGCCUGCUUCGAUGGCUGGCAUCGAGCCCAUGAUGAAAGCCCCCGUCUCUUGGUCAAAGGCGUCAUACUACAAAGAUGAGCUGGUGCCUCUCCUCAAGCAGCAUGAAGUGCUGUCAUUCACACACUCUGACUCGCGGCUUGCGAACAAUGACUUGCCUGAUGAGGCGCAGCGCCUUCGUUGCCGGUCCAACUAUGUUGCCCUCAAGUAUGCUGACCCCAUCAGCAAAUUAUUUCAAACGUUAGUCAAGCGAUUACGAAACGAUGGCCCUUACAUUGCACUCCAUCUUCGAUAUGAGAAGGACAUGUUGGCAUUUACCGGGUGUGUGCACGGACUAUCGGCUGACGAAGGUGAGGAACUUAGGCAGAUGAGGUACUCGGUCCCGCAUUGGAAGGAGAAGGAAAUUGACAGUGAGCUGAGGCGGAAGGAAGGGGGUUGCCCUCUCACUCCUCACGAGACGGGGCUUCUGCUGAAGGCGCUCGGCUACCCUGCGUCGACCAAGAUAUAUAUAGUGGCAGGGGAGAUUUACGGUAAUGGAACGAAGGAUGCGUUGAAGAAGAUUUUCCGCAAUGUGUACGAUCACAUGACGCUCGCCACAGAAUCAGAACUGGCGCCUCUCAAGAGGUUUCAGAAUCGCUUGGCAGCGUUAGAUUAUAUGCUAGCGCUAGAGAGCGAUGUGUUCGUGUAUACCUACGAUGGGAACAUGGCCAAGGCUGUGCAGGGGCAUCGCCAGUUUGAGGGCUAUCGGAGAACAAUCAACCCCAACAGGGAAAGUCUUGUGAGGCUCAUAGACGAAUACGAGAAUAAAACAAUUUCUUGGGAGAUUUUCCAAACUGAGGUUCGCAACAUCCACUUGGACCGCAUAGGGGCGCCGCACUACAGGGAAGCGGGGGAAUCUCCCAAACUGGAGGAGAAUUUCUAUGCCAACCCUUUCCCAGGUUGCAUCUGUGAGCAAGAGAGUCAUCAAAAUGAUGAGGAUAAGCAUGAAUCCAACCGUCGGCUCCUCAGACAUUCUUAGCAUCCACAUCUCCUGGUAGUUCCCACCCAACACCCC